CCAUUACACUAGCAGAUACGUUUAUUAUUGUGCACUUCCAAUUUAGAAAGAUUUUUUCUCUAUUUGUUGUCAAUCCCGGUUUCUUAUCGUCCAAAGUCCAUUGCUAUCUGAUACUAGCUAAUGGCAGGAAAGUCCAGAUGACAAAAAUGUUUCUCAAAAAACCGUCUCAGAUUACUAUAGGAUUUGUAUGUUGCGAUUUGAAAUAUAUUAUAUUUUAUAUUUGAAUCAUUUUAAUUACAGUUUCAGUCGGCCAAUUAUAAUGUGUAAUAGUAAUGUAAUAGAAAUUUUUAUAUAUUUAUAUUACAGAUAUAUAUCAUAUGAUAUGAAUGUGUUAUGUUACAGUAGUUACACUAUUUUCACUAUGUUUUUUGUUUAGGGUAUGUCACGUAGGCUGUAGGCAAAGGCGGCCUAGCUCCUGCCAAGGCUGGGCAUAUAGCCUAUAAUAAUUUAAUUUAUAAAUACAGUAGGCAGGACGGAAUCCAAAAAAAGCCCUGGAACUUAGUCUUGAAAUCCCAAUGAAAAUUUCUAGAACAUUUUCGCUUAAAAUUCGAAUACUUAUACUUAUUAAAUCACAGAUAUGUUUAAGUUUAUUUAUCCGAAUGCCCAGCCUGUAUAGUGUUUAUCGUUGUUUGUGUGUGUACCUUUCUCAGGGCUCGAGCUACGCAUUCUCAUAUUCAUAUGCCUUAUCAUUCAGUUAGUUGUUGGAACCUGUAGACUGUAGGGAAGGCAUCUCUUGUGACUUUUACUGGUAAUUUUAUGCAUUUUGUCCUCUUUGAUUUCAUCUAUUUUGUAUACCAACCUUUUUUUUUUUUGAAUAACAACUUAGUAUUGUAUAAUAGUAAAGUACUAUUAGUAUUAGUAUUAGCCAUGGUUCCUGAACAGUUUAGUUCGAUAAAAUAAAAGUAAGAGGUCAGCUGCUAGAGCUACCAUUGAAAUUAAGAAAGAUCUUAAUCUUAUCACUGAGCAGGGAAUGGGUACACAUGUCACUGAUCUUGCAUCUAUGCUCGGGAUGACUAAUAAAUGGAUAGUUUGUAUUAUUUUGAAAAAUUAAGAAGCUGUCAAAGCAGCUAAUGUGGCAAAAGAGGUUGUAACACUGACUUCAAAGAGUCAAUAUGGAAGAUAUGAAUAUGAAAACACUCCUCUUAAAACAGAUUAAAAUGAAAAACAUCUGGCUAGUGAUGUGAUUUCUGAGAUAACAAUUUGUGAGAAUUCAAGGUCCUCCACAAUGAUUUAGUGAAAGGCAUACCAAAUAUUAGUGCUCAGAGGAGGAGUUUAAAGUAUGUAGAGGGUGUGUCAAGAAGAGGACUGUCAGUGACUGGGAUCCAAAGAGUUUUUUGGAAUCCAGGAACAAAUUAAUCAAGUUUCUAUUAUUUUAAAAAUUGACUAGCAACUCAAAAUAUUGAACUGAAACAGGAAUAGAUUAAGUUCUGGAAUAUAUUAAGUUCAGUUAAUUAAAUUUGUUUUUAAAAUGGAUGAUUUUGCUAAUGUUAUUAAUGUUGUAUGGCCUAAUUUAGUAAAUAUUUUAAUAAAUAGACAUGCGCUAAUAUUGCUCUUAUAUGCUGUAAGUAGUAUUUGUAUUACUUAGCCUAGUUUAUUGGCAUCCUUCUGUUUAAGUGAGACAAUUGUUAAGAGACCUGGAGUGACAGUCUUGAUGCAUUUUUAAGGAAGGAUGACUUCUGGUUUUUUGUUGUUUUUUUGUUCUUCCCGUUCUGUAUUCCUCUUUUUGCUACUAGUAAGAACAAAGACUUCACGCAUCCUCUGCCUGUUGGAUUAUCAAAUUCACUGCUGUUCAUCAGCUGGAACAAGGAUACUCUGUUAAUUGCCAAUUAUGAUGUUGAUUUACUUCCUGUUUCUUUUACACAUGUCUUUAAAGCGCUGCUGUCAAAAAUGUCUAACCCACCUCUGACAAUUCUUUGUUUAGCAGGACCUUUGGAAUACGGUCGUUCUAAGUUUCGUUUAUCUUCAGAUUUACCUCUACCAAUGUGUGCUAUACUUCUUAUCACUAUUGUGUAGUUGGCUACUACAGAGUAUCAAGAGUAGCCAUAGACAAUGAUAGCCAUAAUCUUGAGAUGCUAACUGUCACUGUCAGUAAGCAUACAAGUACAAUACAACACCACCACCACAGUGAUCAAGACCAAGUUGAUGAACUUUCUAGCUCAUCUGCAUUUUAAUUUCAAAUGGGUCAGACUUAAUGGAGUCAAAACUGCAACUUUAUGGAGUUUUCCUCCAUGUGUCCACAGUUAUCAGCUUGUAAUUUUCACUGUAAGACUUUAAUUAAUUUUUUUUUUGGUGUGUUUUAAUUGGCUUGACAGAACAAUAUACAACCGGUAUCUUUCAGACUCAAUGGGAGACUUAAAUCUGAACAUAUAUAUGAAUAUAUAACUAAUUUAUAAUUGAUCUAAAAAGGACAUAGACUCUUGAAAGUAAAGCUGCUGUAAUUAUUGUCAUUAAUUCUAAGGCUAUCAAUAUAUCAGACAUUGUUGAAAGGUGUUUAAAAAAGAGUUUUACAAUAAGUUUUUAAUUGCACACUAUCUUCCAAACAGGGGCUCCGGAGGCUUUUGCAAACAUCAACUGUUGUAUACAGGUAAGUUUAUUUGUGUGAAUCUAGAUUUUGUCUAACAUUAUGUUAAGCAUACAUGCCAAGUAUUUGAUUGUACUGUAUUGUCUACCUGGCUUAGCUUUUUUCUCAGAUGUUUAUGCCCUUUAUACAAUUUUAAAACAGCUAUACUAUAAGGUUUAUUAUUGAGUGCUAGAUGAUAUAUAGUGCAUUAUUGCAAUAUACAAUUUUUAAAAUUUACCAUAAAAACCCCCGUUUUAGUCAUAUAUAUGGACUACAGCUUCAGGAACAAAUCUUAAAUGAAAAAAAAAAUUUGAUAUUUGUUUAAUUUAUAAAAUUUUACUGUGUUUAGCAAUGACGAGCGAGAAUACCUUCACAAAAGCAAGAUCCCCACAUAUCAUUUCCAAGCCAGUCUUCCUAGGUUACCUAUCCCAGAACUAGACAAGUCUUGCCAGAGAUAUUUAAAUGCCCAACUUCCAUUAUUGUCUGAUGCCCAGCACAAAGAAUUGCAGAAAGUUGUUGGUGAAUUUCAAAAUGGACAAGGAAAGGGUAAUAUUAUCUCUUUGAACAUUUUCUCCUAAACUGCUAAACGUGAUAUCAUGAAUGAAAUACAAAAAACAUAAGGCUUUGUUUUUGGCUCACUUUGCUCUACUGCAAAGUUGUGAAAGAGAUCUGUUCAAGUGCCUGAGAAGUUUGACUGAAAUUUUCAUUACAUUAAUUCUAUUUCCAUCUCAGAAAUUCUCUAACUUCAUUUUUAGAUAAGAGAUACCGUAGAUCCACACACACACACAAAUGUCAUGUAGAAUUAUUUGUACAUUUCCAUAACAGAUCUUCAAAAGGAAUUGGUUGAGACUGACAAGAAAGCCAAAGACACCAAUUAUGUCUCAGGUAUUCAAAAUUUCCAUUUGGUUGUUAAUAUCAUUGUCACGCAACUGUGUUCUAAAGCUGAUUAUUGACUUUAAUUUUUUUUUAUAUUUGUGAUUCCUAUUGUUAUAUUUUGUAUCAUUUCUUUGUGUUGUUAGAUCUUUGGUUUGACAUGUACCUGAAAGACAGACGACCUGUGGUCCUGACACACAAUCCUUUUAUCACAUUUAAUGAUGACCCUCGAGCUGAAUACAAUACCCAGGCAAGUAGAGGGUUCAUCUUGCAAUUGGCAUGUUGUCUUAAUAAAUACAUUACUUUUAAUUAAUGUGAUAAAAUGGAACCCAUUGAUAUGAUGGCCACUGGUCUUAUCAACUACCGGUACUUGAUUUCAACGUCCUGAUUAAAACUAUCAUUUAAAAAUUUUAAUUUUUACAUGAUUCGUUCUCUUUACUUUAUUGACAUUGAUUCUGUUUUAGCUAAUCCGCGCUUCUAACAUGCUCAUCUCAUCUGUUCGCUUCAUGAAAACUUUAAGAGAUGAGAAACUGGAGCCAGAAGUCUUCCAUUUGAAUCCAGCAAAAUCAAACACAAAAACAUUUCGAACAGUUACAAGGUUUGUACUUCCUUGUUUUAAUUCUACCAGCUGUACCAUUAGUUCUAGUAAACAGACGUACCAAUAGUUCUAGAUAACAGCUGUACCAAAAGAUCUAGUUACAGCAUUAUCAAAAGUUCUACUUCUAGUUAUGUGCUUUUUAAUUAUUUUUUUACCAUUACCUUUGUAUUUUAAAAAAAAGUUAAUAAUUUGAAGUGUGUGGUACAUUCAGACCCAGCAUUAUAUGGUGCAAAAUGCCAGCCAAAUUAAGCAUGAUAAUAUAUAAAUCAAUUGGUUAAGUCAAGCUCACCUGAUAUUGUCAUAUCUGAUUAAAGUCAACCUGACCUGAUAUUGUCAUAUUUAGCAAAUCUAUAAUGUGCUGUAUAAUAGUGAUUUUAAAAAAAAUAUAUCUCUUUUGCUAAAUGAAAAAUUGAAUAAUUUAAAUGUGAAUAUUAAGAAGAAAAAAAAGUAAAAACAUUUUUAAAUUGUUACGUUAUUGCUGACUUACAUCUUUCCUUCAAAGAUUGGUUAAAAGAAUAUGUUGAUAGUUCAAAGAUUGGUUAAAAGAAUAUGUUGAUAGUUCAAAGAUUGGUUAAAGGUAUAAGUUGAUAGUUCAAACAUUGGUUAAAAGAAUAAGUAGAUUGUUCAAAGAUUGGUUAAAAGGAUAAGCUGAUUGUUCAAAGAUUGGUUAAAAGGAUAAGUUGAUAGUUACAAGAUUGGUUAAAAGGAUAAGUUGAUAUUUCAAAGAUUGGUUAAAAGGAUAAGUUGAUAGAAACUAUCUUUGUUUGAGUAAGGUCAUUGAUAGAGAAGCCACUGAUAAAUCUUCAAAUUUACUGAACACCUUUCAGCCUCCUGCCAUCCUCUCUCUCUUGGUAUGGUGCGUAUUUGUUUAAAGCCUUUCCCUUGGACAUGAGCCAGUACAAAAACCUGUUCAACUCCUGUCGUGUUCCAAGGUAACACAAUUUUUCACAUCGUUCAUUAUAGUCUUUAGAAUUAUUGUAUCUGAUCUAUUAGCUUUCACACAUAAGAUUUAAAAGGAUUCUUUUCAUGAUCUCAAUAAAUAAAAAUGUAUUUUCAAUUACAUUGUACAAAUUUAUAUUCAGCAUAAUCAAGUGAAAAACAAAGAGAAAAGCUUUUGGAUUAUUUCCAUUGCAUUGUUAUUAAAUAGUAACUAAUGUAACUAAUGGAGUGACAGUCCUUAGGAUCAGUUCAACCAUGAAGGCAAGACUAAUGUAGUGACAGUUCUUAGGAUUAGUUCAACCAUUUAAUGUAGUGACAGUUCCUAGGAUUUGUUCAACUAUCUCAUGUAGUGACAGUUCUUAGGAUUUGUUCAACUAUCUCAUGUAGUGACAGUUCCUAGGAUUUGUUCAACUAUCUCAUGUAGUGACAGUUCCUAGGAUUUGUUCAACUAUCUCAUGUAGUGACAGUCCUUAGGAUCAGUUCAAUAAGAUUGAUUAAAUGGUUUCUUUGGUGUCCUGUACAGGCCAGAAAGAGAUGAACUGAUUUCUGACCCCAACUCUAAACACAUUCUUGUCAUGAGAAAAGGUCACUUCUACAUCUUUGACAUGCUGGACAAGGAUGGUGAGUUGAGCCUUGAAGUCAUGAUGGCAUUUGGUUUAAGAAAUACCCUCAAGUCUAAAUGAUGUCAUGAUGGCUUUGGGUUAAGAAAUACCCUCAAGUCUAAAUGAAGUCAUGAUGGCAUUUGUUUUAAGAAAUACCCUCAAGUCUAAAUGAAGUCAUGAUGGCAUCUGGUUUAAGAAAUACCAUCAAGUCUAAAUGAAGUCAUGAUGGCAUUUGGUUUAAGAAAUACCCUCAAGUCUAACUUAAAAUAAACAACAUUCAAUAAUGUCUGACAACAAAUAUUUACCUCCCUUUUAUUGAUUUAUAAUUUUGUUUUUAAAAGGCAGUUUUUGAUCUUUUAACGACUGGUCAAUAUUCACUUAUUUGAUUUUAUGGAAUAUGCAUUUUUAAAAUGCUAUUUUUAAAAAAUGAAACACAAAAUAUGAAUGAAUGAUUUGAUCAUCAAAUGGGGCUACGGAGUGGUCUGGUUUGUUUCCUAAAGGUGCAGUACACAUCUUUUGUUUUUAAUGUUUACAGGUAAUAUAAUCCCAGAAACCGAAGUUCUUUCACACUUGAAAUACAUCUUGGAAGAUCCGACGCCAGCUCCUGAAUUCCCCGUGUCAGUUUUAACCACAGAGUACAGAGAUGUUUGGACAAGGGCCAGAGUACAGCUGAUCAAUGCUGGUAGGUACAGCUGGUAGGUACAGCUGGUCAAUGUUGGUAGGUACAGCUGGUAGGUACAGCUGGUCAAUGCUGGUAGGUACAGCUGGUCAAUGCUGGUAGGUACAGCUGGUCAAUGCUGGUAGGUAGAUAGCUUUAUCAGAUUACAACAUCAUUGCUGGUAGUAAAGAUUAAAAUGUACAUAUUGCAAUUUGUACCUACUAUACCAUAACACUAGAUUAUACCAAGCUCAGAAUAAGAGUUGUUAAUAAUUUACAUUUACACAUAAUGAGUACAAUUUUGUAAAUAUAUCUCUUGAGGGUUCUGGGUGGCCGAGUGAUCUAAACUGAGCAAAUCUCAAGUUGGUGGUCCUGAGUUCAGUUCCAGCCAGAGACCAGUCAUGCAAAAACAUCACCAUCACUCCGAGUGGAUGGGACCCAUUAACCUUGGGUGGCAACUCAUCUAAGAGAAGGAAACUCUGAAUUCAAACCCAGAGAUGGAGUCCCAUAGGCGGAUAAAAUUGUUACAAUGAAACAUUCUGACAACUGCUGCGACGCCACUGGUGCCAAGCUGUAUCAUCCAAUGAUGUUCCCUUGGGUUAUACAGUGGCGUGGAGAGAGGCGAUUUGCUUUUGGGAACCAGCUUAUAAUCCUAGAAGAAUAAUCCCAGGCCUUGUAGAUUGUGACGGACGGAUGCCAGCAAAAAAAAAAAUCUCUUAAACGUUUAGGAAAAUUUUAAAAAAUCUCUCCUUCUGCUAGGCAAGUUGCCAGCUUAUUUGUAGGGAGAAAGUUUGAACCUUCUAGAAAAGAAAGUCGAGAAAUGACAUCACCUGAACGCAUUCUUUAGAAAAAAUAAUUAGAACAUAGGUACAGAUUCUAAUGUAAACAACCCCCUCCCAAUCAAGGGGGGGGGGGAGGGGGUGAUGGCGAUAUCCAAUCAGAAACAGGGAGAGGGGACGUGAGGUUAAUAAAACCUAGGUCAGCACACAGGCUAUAACAGUCCUGUUUUUUUACUUUCAAGAUUCCACAAAUCUUGAUUCACUAGAUCCUGACAUCAGCUCUAAUCAUGUUUGUUUCAGUCUUUUGGUGUGUUUCUUUUGUGACUGACUCAAAAGACCACUUUGAAAAGGUCAAAAUAAGAGUGCAGUUAAUUUAAUGUUCAGGAUUUGUCAUGGUCCUGCUGUACCUCAAAGACGUUUUCCAAGAAUUAUUUAAGAUGGUUUCCCAGAUUUGUGGACACCAUAUUGAAGAGUGUUAUAUUCAGAGAAUGUCUCUAGUGCCAGUAUAAGGAUUAGAUUAACAGUUACCUAAAUAUGACUUCCAGAUCCCAGGAAUGAAAGUAGACUACGUGUACUUGAGAAGGCCAUCUUUGCCCUGUGCCUGGACGAUGACCAGCCAACAGAGCCCAAUGGAAUCUCCAGGAAAUUUCUAUUUGGAGAUGGAGUAAACAGGUUAUAUAAUAAAAAUAAUAAUAAAGUUUAUUUCAAAAACACGCUUCAUCCCCAAAGGCUCGAAGCGCAGUACAAAGUAAAAAAAAAAAAAAAAAAAUUUCUUUUUAAUAAAUGAGUUUAGACCAGCCAACAGAGCCCAAAGGAAUCUCCAGGAAAUUUCUAUUUGGAGAUGGAGUAAACAGGUUAUAUAAAAAAAAUAAUAAUAAAGUUUAUUUCAAAAACACGCUUCAUCCCCAAAGGCUCGAAGCGCAGUACAAAGUAAAAAAAAAAAAAAAAACAAUUUCUUUUUAAUGAAUGAGUUUUAUGAACAUGAUAUUUGUAUUGAGAUGGAGUUUAAAAUGUUUCUGUCUGGCAGCCUUGUACUGUUGUAUCACAUCCUCUGUAUAUGAAUUCCCUUUGACACGAUUGAUUGAUUGAUUUUAUAACGCUUGUUUCCAUGCUAUUUUAGCAUGCUCACAGCGCUCUGAUGUCCUCAAAUCUAUUUAAAGAAAAAAGUCUUUAAAUGUUUCUUAAUGGUGUUUUAUAAAUUUCCAUUCCCCUCAAAGGUUGAGGCAAACUUUUCCACAAUUUAGGCGCAAUAGCUUCAAUAGAGAGCACUCCUUUCCUGAAGUCUCUUUAACAUAAUCUCUCAUUUCUCUGCAUCUGAUGUCUCUAUGUGUCAAUUUUCUCCAGAUGGUUUGACAAAAGCUUCCAACUCAUCAUCUCAAAAGGCGGGACAGCAGCAGUCAAUUUCGAACAUUCCUGGGGCGAUGGGGUCGCAGUACUGCGGUACUUUAAAGAAGUCUUCUCAGAUUCUAUACAAAAUAGCAGAGUUAGUCCAGACACUAGGCCUUCAGAAAAAGUCAAUUCAGAGAAAAGAGUGCAGCGACUAGGUAAGACAGUAGUACCUUACAGGACUAGGUCAAAUAGUUGUACUUCCAGGACUAGGUCAAAUAGUAGUACUUCCAGUCAACUAUAUCAAUGGCAACAAGUUGUACACAAAUAUUUAAAGUUAAAUUUGUUUAGUAUGAAUUGAUUCUACAUUGACUUUAGUCUUGAACAUCAGAGUACUGUUCAAAUGUUCCACUAAGCCCAACAUUACAAUAGUUUGAGGGCGCAUGUUCCUUUAGAUUUCAGGUUGGACCCAUUCAUUAAGGAAACUAUCACUAAAGCAAAGCAAAGGUUUGAUGACGCCACUAGUUCUCUGGACAUUCAUCAUCUGCAGUAUUCUAAGAUGACCAAGAAGGAUUUAAAAAACGCCAAACUGAGCCCAGAUUCUGUCAUGCAACUGGCUAUACAGGUUCUCAUAGUGUUUCUUCCUUUUCCCCUGAUUUUCAAAUCUCAUCUCAACAACCUACAUAUCUACAUAAUCAAAUGUAGGCCUACCUACCUACACACACACAGUCUAAAAUACCUGUUCUUCUAUACCUACAUGCUAAUAUACCUAUAUAACUAAAUUAAUACACCUACAUCAUAAUAUCUUUUCUAAAAUACCUACAUACAAUACACUUACUGUAUAAAAAUCUUUACCCAUUCACUUUGCAGAUUUGUUUACUACUGAGAAAAGGGAGUUGUCCAUUUUAAAAAAAUUAUGUAUUCUUGAUAUUUCUAUCGGUAUUCAUACUUUAAACAACCAACGUUGAUGGUAUCAUCCUUAGAUAUUAGACUUAACCCAUAAUAGGCAUACAUUCUCUGAAUCUACCACCCAUCACAGGUAAACAUUGCCUGAUCUCACUACCCCUCAUAGGCAGACAUUGACCCCACCUCCCAACAUUCUCUGAUCUCACUACCCCUCAUAGGCAGACAUUGACUCCACCAUGCAACAUUCUCUGAUCUCAAUACCCCUCAUAGGCAGACAUUGACUCCACCACCCACCAUUCUCUGAUCUCACUACCCAUCAUAGGCAGACAUUGACUCCACCACCCAACAUUCUCUGAUCUCACUACCCAUCACAGGCAGACAUUGACUCCACCACCCAACAUUCUCUGAUCUCACUACCCAUCACAGGCAGACAUUGACUCCACCACCCAACAUUCUCUGAUCUCACUACCCAUCAUAGGCAGACAUUGACUCCACCACUCAACAUUCUCUGAUCUCACUACCCCUCAUAGGCAGACAUUGACCCCACCUCCCAACAUUCUCUGAUCUCACUACCCCUCACAGGCAGACAUUGACUCCACCACCCAACAUUCUCUGAUCUCACUACCCAUCAUAGGCAGACAUUGACUCCACCACCCAACAUUCUCUGAUCUCACUACCCAUCACAGGCAGACAUUGACUCCACCACCCAACAUUCUCUGAUCUCACUACCCCUCAUAGGCAGACAUUGACGCCACCACCCAACAUUCUCUGAUCUCACUACCCCUCAUAGGCAGACAUUGACUCCACCACCCAACAUUCUCUGAUCUCACUACCCAUCACAGGCAGACAUUGACUCCACCACCCAACAUUCUCUGAUCUCACUACCCCUCACAGGCAGACAUUGACUCCACCACCCAACAUUUUCUGAUCUCACUACCCAUCAUAGGCAGACAUUGACUCCACCACCCAACAUUCUCUGAUCUCACUACCCAUUGAAUAUAUACAGUCAUUGACCCCAUUAAUAAUUCUAGCUAUACAUUAUUGUACCCCAUUACCCAUCACAGUUAUAUAUUCUUGUACCCCAUUAACCAUCACAGGUAUACAUUCUCUGAAUCCACUUGCUGUCAUAGAUAUAAAUUCUCUGACCCCACUUCCCAUCAAAGGUAGACAUUCUCUGACCCCACUGCAGGUCUUCGAUAUACAUUCUCUGAACCCACAACCCAUCAUAAAUAUUAUAGCACAUAUGCACAUUUAUCAAAAAUUAAUAUUUGAAUGAAUGAAUGAACUAUAUGAACUAAAUGUUGAUCUCGCCAACUGUAGCUGGCCCACUACCAGAUGUAUGGAGAAAAUGUUGGCACAUAUGAAUCAUGCAGCACUUCUGCCUUCAAGAAAGGAAGAACAGAGACUGUGAGACCGUGCACAUCGGCGACAAAAUCCAUGUGUGAAAACUUGUAUGGUAAAACAAAGAAAGCCACCAGUGCUGCCGAGCUCAUGGAGGGUUUGAGAAACUGUACAACUGUCCACAACCAGCUCACAAAGGAGGCAGCCAUGGGUAACAGAAAUUUACACAGAUUUUGUAAUACUUAAAGUUGUAAUACUUAAAGUUGUAAUACUUUUAGGGAUAUUAAGAUCUAUUUUUUUAUAUUCAAGGUUAAUUUAAUUUUAAACAAUUUUUUUAAUCAUUUUCCUUCCUAAAAGUAAGUUCUUAUAUGUCUUAUUUUAUCAACUCAUUCCCUACAACUGGGCAAAUUCUCAAACAUAGGAAAGUAACUCUGCUUUUCCAAUUUAUUUAUAUUUUUAAAAUAUUUUUUUAAGCUGCUAAAUAUAAUAAUAAUUUAACAUAGGUGUAGAUGUAUUAGAUUAGGUGUGUAGGUAUAUUAUAAUAGGUUAUGUAGGUAUUUUAGAAUUGUUAUAACUCUCUAGUUGACACAGUUGUAACUGACCAUUCCAACGUUAUAACUCUCUAGUUGACACAGUUGUAACUGACCAUUCCAACGUUAUAACUCUCUAGUUGACACAGUUGUAACUGACCAUUCCAACUUGGACACAGUUGUAACUGACCAUUCCAACUUGGACACAGUUGCAACUGACCAUUCCAACUUGGACACAGUUGUAACUGACCAUUCCAACUUGGACACAGUUGUAACUGACCAUUCCAACUUGGACACAGUUGUAACUGACCAUUCCAACUUGGACACAGUAAUAACUGACCAUUCCAACUUGGACACAGUUGUAACUGACCAUUCCAACUUGGACACAGUUGUAACUGACCAUUCCAACUUGGACACAGUUGUAACUGACCAUUCCAACUUGGACACAGUUGUAACUGACCAUUCCAACUUGGACACAGUUGUAACUGACCAUUCCAACUUGGACACAGUUGUAACUGACCAUUCCAACUUGGACACAGUUGUAACUGACCAUUCCAACUUGGACACAGUUGUAACUGACCAUUCCAACUUGGACACAGUUGUAACUGACCAUUCCAACUUGGACACAGUUGUAACUGACCAUUCCAACUUGGACACAGUUGUAACUGACCAUUCCAACUUGGACACAGUUGUAACUGACCAUUCCAACUUGGACACAGUUGUAACUGACCAUUCCAACUUGGACACAGUUGUAACUGACCAUUCCAACUUGGACACAGUUGUAACUGACCAUUCCAACUUGGACACAGUUGUAACUGACCAUUCCAACUUGGACACAGUUGUAACUGACCAUUCCAACUUGGACACAGUUGUAACUGACCAUUCCAACUUGGACACAGUUGUAACUGACCAUUCCAACUUGGACACAGUUGUAACUGACCAUUCCAACUUGGACACAGUUGUAACUGACCAUUCCAACUUGGACACAGUUGUAACUGACCAUUCCAACUUGGACACAGUUGUAACUGACCAUUCCAACUUGGACACAGUUGUAACUGACCAUUCCAACUUGGACACAGUUGUAGCUGACCAUUCCAACUUGGACACAGUUGUAACUGACGAUUCCAACUUGGACACAGUUGUAGCUGACCAUUCCAACUUGGACACAGUUGUAACUGACCGUUCCAACUUGGACACAGUUGUAACUGACCAUUCCAACUUGGACACAGUUGGAGCUGACCAUUCCAACUUGGACACAGUUGUAACUGACCAUUCCAACUUGGACACAGUUGUAGCUGACCAUUCCAACUUGGACACAGUUGUAACUGACCAUUACAACUUGGACACAGUUGUAGCUGACCAUUCCAACUUGGACACAGUUGUAACUGACCAUUCCAACUUGGACACAGUUGUAGCUGACCAUUCCAACCUUUACACAGUUGUAACUGACCAUUCCAACUUGGACACAGUUGUAACUGACCAUUCCAACUUGGACACAGUUGUAACUGACCAUUCCAACUUGGACACAGUUGUAGCUGACCAUUCCAACUUGGACACAGUUGUAACUGACCAUUCCAACUUGGACACAGUUGUAACUGACCAUUCCAACUUGGACACAGUUGUAGCUGACCAUUCCAACUUGGACACAGUUGUAACUGACCAUUCGACCAUUCCAACUUGGACACAGUUGUAACUGACCAUUCCAACUUGGACACAGUUGUAACUGACCAUUCCAACUUGCUUUUUUGGACUCAGGUCAAGGAUUUGAUCGCCACCUGUUUUGUUUGAAGAACUUGGGAGAAAAGAAUGGACUGUCCAUGCCAAUGUUUGCCCACCCAGCCUAUGCCAAUAUCAACCAUAUCAUACUGAGCACAUCAACACUGACAGAUCCCUCAGUGCUGAUUGGUGGGUUUGCUGCUGUUACGUCUGAUGGCUUCGGCAUCGGU